AUGUCACCAGCUCCGUACCUUCCAUUCGACGUUAUAAGUCAUAUACUUUCUAAUAUUUCUAAAGACAAAAUUCGGAAUUUUCUUCCGUAUCUCUUGAUAAAUAAAGACUGGUGUCAUGCCUCCCUUUGCCAUAUCUGGGCAAACCCAUUCCGUGACUUGCUUCAUGGAAAUAAAACACUUAUCUCUACAUAUUUGUCGUGUCUAAAAAAAUCACACCUCACAACUUUAAAAUCCAAAGGUUUCGAUCUUCCUCAAAUUCAACCGCUCUUCAACUAUGCUUCUUUUCUAAAACAACUCGACUAUGUCGGGUUUCUACUUUCCGUAUUUGGAUGGUGUAAUUUGGAACAAAAUGGAAAUUCAGAACAAGAAAAUAUCUCUUUAAUUGUUAAAUCUCUUUUACACUUAUUUUGUGAUAAUUCACUCCAUUUGAAUACCUUAAUAAUACAAACGGAAGAAAAAAAAAUUUAUGACGAAGAAUACUUUUUAUUAUUAUUUGAGGAGGAUUUUAGAGAAAUGUUAACCCCCAUAAGACAAAUUACAAUUCAUACUCAUUUUAGCAUGGAGAGAUUCUUUAAUGGAUUAAGUAAACAUUGUAGAAACGUGCCACCGUUCAACAAUUCGAUUUCGGCGUCUUCAUGGAUUCUAUCUCAAAACAAACUAACAUCCUUGACCAUAUUUAUCUCAUGCUGGGACAUUUGUGUGAUUAUCAACUCCAUCACUUCUCAAAGAAAAACAUUGAAACAUUUAAAAUUCGAUUAUGUAAAUUUCAAAAAUUGUCAUUCACAAAAGGAUAUAUUAGAGUGCGAAAAAUUGGAGGUGCUGGAAUUUCGUAAUUGUCGGCACCUAGAGGAUGAUCUGAUUGAAGAUUUAGUUGGAAAAGUAGAGGAAAAGAACGAAGGAAUAACUCGAAAGUUGAAAAAUUUAAAAACUUUGAUCCGCGGAAAGGAUUGUUAUGAAGUUUCUUAA